UUUUUUUUUUUUUUAUCAGCAUGAUGACACAAGAUCAGCUACUUGUCUUGUCGUUUUCAAAGUCGAAUAGCUCUGUGUUAAUCGAGCAAUUCCUUAAAGAAGCAUUACAAAUUCUUAAACAUGCAGACAUUUUACUUUCAAAUAAUACAAUACAAGAUGAAGCCGAUGUUGACACCGAAAAAGACACAGAUACGGUGACGUGGCGAUUGAAUUUGACACCCACAAUGAUGACAUUAGAUACAAGUAUUUUGACGGUAUCAGGCUUAGAAAAGGUGCUGGAAUUAAUACGUAUCAAUGUAAAGCCACAACCGCCCAAAAUUCGACACAAAAAAAGAGUGAAUUCAGACAUGUUUGAUAUUUCAUUGUUUCGAUACAUGAUUGAACCUAUUACAAAGCUGUCGACCUUGACGACGAUACCUCGAAUGGAUGGAUUAAACCAGUAUAAUUCAGCACAACUGAUGAGACACUGUGUACAGAGUUUUAUUGAUUGUGGUUAUGCGUAUUUUUUAGAUGUGCCCAGUUUAGUUGCAAAUACAGAAAUGAUAUUAUCUCAACCUAGUGCAGCAAAAGAACAUACAGUGGAGACUCUAUUGAUUUUCAGUAUUUGUACUUUAAUGAUUCGGCAUACAACUAUACAUCAUCGAGGGGAUUUGAAUGUAGCUAAUUCAUUAAUGCAUACUUAUUACUCAAAAGCACGUCAAUUGUUACAAGAAUUAUUUGAUAUGCACCAUAUAGCUAUUGUCCAAUCAUUGUUUAUUUUAUCACUCUUCCCACAAGGCCACGUACAUUUAUAUUCUCCAUCAAGGGUAAAAUCACCUUUAUUGACAAUGGCAAUAAGAAUGGCAUUAGCGAUGGAUCUGCAUCGAUUGGAUAUACAACAUGACAAAGAGUCGGAUCAAAAAGAAAAGCUCAGGAGAUUGGCAUGGAUGUUAUUGUGUGCAGAUUAUUAUGCUGAUUGGAAUUCAACAGGGAAGACAGGGAUGAUUGGUGUUACAGACUGGCAUGUUAAUUUCCCACAGGCAAUCUUACCGGCGGAACAAAAUAUAUCAAGGAAAGUUGAAUAUUUUUCAAAUUAUUGUCGCAUUAUCCUUAUCCGAAAGAUGGAAUUAUUAAAGUCGAGUUACAUGAUUUCACUCUUAUCACCCAAAGCGUUAAGAUCAGGUCUUGAUGAACAGCUAUUUCAGACAUACUUCAAUACGCCUGAAACGUUCAAAUUAAAUCUUGAUAAUGCCAAUCAAACGUGGAGCAAAAAUACAGACUUGGAAUCACUUUUAUUACAUGAAUUAUACUGUCAUUCACAAUUAUUCGCUCAACUGCCCUUUUUACCCAAACGAUAUUUUGAAGAAUUUGUCAAGCAUCAUGAUUCAAGCCAAACAGCAGAUUUAAACGAUAUUUAUCAACGUAUUACACAAUCCUCUAUACCAUUCACAAGAACAAAAGCAACACCAACAUCCAAGCAAAUUUUUUUAACAGAGCAAGACUUAGAAUUAGAGUUCUACUGCCUUGUAGGCUGCCUAAGUAUUGUCAAUCAUUAUACCCAGAUAUUAGAAGCCUUAACAUCAAUUGAUACGAUUGGAUGUCACCAUAGCCCUGUGUAUGGUGCCAUGAUUACUAUCUAUGUGUAUCUCAUGAUUGAUAAGUCCUGUCAAUAUCCUGAAAUUAAAUCCAUCUGUCAAAUCAAUCUCCUUAGAACUCAACGCAUUCUUAGACAGGCUAGAUCCAUUUAUGCUGAUCCCACCAUCCUACUUUUAGAAAGAGUCUUGACAAGAAACCAUGUAGCGCCAAAAGAUGAAACCCCAAUUUGUACAUUAAACAAAAGAACACUAGAAAUUAUUCGUUCUUUACAAGCAAAAUCCUCCUAUUUACAUCAUCACUAUGAUGACGACGAUGUAAAGUCCGAAUAAAACAUUAAUAAAUAAUAAUAAUAAAAAAAAAGAACGUUUAUUUUUUAAAGGG